AGUGCGGAAUUUUUUUCUGUCACGUCGGGGACGGUGGAGGCAAAAUGGCGCCGGCAGUCGCUGCGAGUGGAGACCGGGGACUGAAAAGCCUGGUGUGGCAGAAGCUGAAAAAAGCAGUGUUUGAUGACUGUAGGAAAGAAGAAGAGUGGAAGAUAAUUCUUCUAGAUGACUUCACCACAAAGCUUCUGUCAUCAUGUGGUAAAAUGACAGACUUACUAGCGGAGGGGAUAACAGUUGUGGAGAACGUUUAUAAAAACCGUGAGCCCGUCCCUCACAUGAAAGCUAUUUAUCUCAUCACACCUACAACAAAGUCUGUAGAUGGCCUUAUAAAUGACUUUGUAAGUAAAUCAUCCAGCAAGUACAAAGCAGCUUAUGUCUACUUCACUGAUUUUUGUGAUGACAAACUUUUCAAUAAAAUGAAGACAUCUUGUUCAAAGGCUAUAAGACGGUGCAAAGAAAUAAAUAUAAACUUUUUCCCCUACGAAUCACAGGUGUUUACUCUUGAUGUCCCAAAUGCAUUCUACCGCUGCUACAGUCCCAACGUAGAGAAGACAAAUGACAAUGUGAUGGAGCAAAUAGCUGAGCAAAUUGUUACAUUAUGUGCCACCCUAGAAGAAAAUCCAGGUGUAAGAUACAAAAGCAAGCCUUUGGAUAAUGCCAGCAAACUUGCACAGCUAGUUGAGAAAAAACUUGAAAACUACUACAAAAUUGAUGAACGAAGCCAAGUAACGGGCAAAACCCACUCUCAGCUGUUAAUAAUAGAUCGCGGCUUUGACCCUGUGUCAACUGUGCUCCAUGAACUUACUUUUCAAGCAAUGGCUUAUGAUCUGCUACCAAUUGAAAAUGAUACAUACAAGUAUAAGCCGGAGGGUGCCAGUGGAAAAGAAAGGGAAGCUAUUCUAGAGGAAGAUGAUGACCUGUGGGUGAAAAUUCGACACAGACAUAUUGCAGAUGUGUUGGAGGAAUUACCAAAGCUUAUGAAAGACAUUUCUUCAAAAAGGAAGGCUUCGGAAGGGAAAUUAUCAUUAAGUAAUCUGGCUCAACUCAUGAAGAAAAUGCCACACUUCCGCAAGCAGAUUACUAAGCAAGUAGUGCAUCUUAACAUAGCUGAAGAUUGCAUGAAUAAGUUUAAGAAUAACAUAGAAAAGCUGUGCAAAGUUGAACAGGAUUUGGCUCUUGGAACGGAUGCUGAGGGACAGAAAGUGAGAGACUCCAUGCGGGUCCUCCUUCCAGUACUGCUCAAUAAAAAUCAUGAUAACUAUGAUAAGAUAAGAGCCAUCCUCCUCUAUAUCUUCAGCACAAAUGGGACUACACAAGAGAACAUGGACAGGCUGAUCCAGAAUGUACAGAUAGAAAAUGAUAGCGACAUGAUAAAAAAUUGGAAGUAUCUUGGUGUACCUGUUCUUACCACAUCUACAACACAGCAACGCAGACCAUCAAGGAAGGAUCGUUCUGCAACAGAAACCUUUCAGCUUUCUAGAUGGACGCCAGUUGUCAAGGAUAUUAUGGAGGAUGCUAUAGAAAACAAACUGGAUUCAAAGGAGUGGCCCUAUUGUUCCCAGUGCCCUGCACCCUGGAAUGGUUCAGGAGCAGUGAGUGCUCGCCAUAAACCCAAAACUAGCUACUUGGAUGAGCGGAAGAGUGGAUCAAAGCUGAUUGUCUUUGUCAUCGGAGGCAUUACGUAUUCCGAGAUGCGCUGUGCAUAUGAAGUUUCUCAAGCCUACAAGUCUUGUGAAGUUAUUAUUGGUUCCACUCAUAUUGCAACACCUAGAAGACUGCUGGAUGAUGUAAAGGCACUUACUGUAACAAAAUCAAAGGAUAGUGUAUAUUUUAAGGAUGAAUAGAAGUUAUAAUAUUCAAAGAUUUUCAGUUGUGCUGAACUUAAGGAUAUUAAGAACACAUAAUAUAAAUAUUGUGGGCACAGUCUAGCCCAAGUUACGUGUGUUAAGUUCCAGUGAUUUCAAUGGGAGAAAUGUUAAAUAUCUGUGUAACUUUCUCAUUGAAAACAAUUGUCCUUAAGGUGCUUAGCUUGAACUGGUUUGUACCCUAUGUACAUAUUUUAUACAUUAGUGCUAUAUUUGGGAUUGUUCAUUUUAUAAUUUCAAAUCUGCCUUUCUGUGUGGGGGUGGGAACUGAGGAAGAUAAUAGGUUAAGAGUGAAGAAGUUAUGCAGGCUUGUGCUUUUAUAUUAAUGUACUUGGUUAUAGAUGGCAUUUUGGUGUGAAAUGUUCAAUGUAGAGAAUGUUCACCACUACAUACUAUGCUAGGACUUGGAAAAUGUGUUUGUAUAUAUGCUAAUAACUUUUCAGUAAUAAUGUGUAAACUUUCUAUCCUGGAAACAUGUCCAUUUCUAAAGAUCUAUUAUUAAAAGGCCAUGAACUUAAAAGUAUAGAAGAAAAGUUGUAAAUAUAAAUGUACAGCACGAUUUCACAACUGCAAUAUAUUGACCUACAAAACUCCAGGCAAUUUUCAAGAAUUCACUGAAAGCAGUUUGCAAUAAGGUACAAAAUAUAAGGUGUUUUUUCCCUGAGAAAUCUGAGAUGAAAUAUUGGUAAUGUGUGUAUGGGAUUGCAUGGAUCUUUCAAGGGUAUCUGGGUAAUGUUAUUCAUGGAAAUAGUAAACAUUUUCCCAUCAAUAAAGAACUUUGGAAGUAA